UUUUUUUUCUGUUUGUAAUUUUAGACUAGUAAGUAUAUUUUUUGUCUUGAGUUAUUUUCUAAAUGAAGCUAAUUUUUAUUUUGUUUAUAUGACGUUAAAUUCUUUAGUUGAGCACCAUGUGGAGAGUUUAAUUUAUUUUUUUAAAAAUUAUUUUUUUAAAAUUUAUUCGGACACGGAAAUUUUUUUGAUGUUUUUUAGACUAAUAAUCGAGAAAAAAAAAUAAUAAUUUUUUGUUGUUGAAAUUGGUGGCCAAAAAAUUCCAAAAAAUUCAAUUUCCUCCUUUCCUCUUCCCUCUUUUCUCUCUUUCCUUCUUGCCUUGUAAACGCACUUCCUAAAAACUUCUUGAUUUAAUAAACAUUGACAUAAAAACAUUAUUUAUUUAUUUUUCUAAGAAAAACAUUGUAUUUUUAUUUAUUAAAUUUUUUAAAAGAUUUAAACAAAGACAUCAAAUUUAUUUUACUCCAACAUUAUGUUUCUUCAUACUUUUACUAUUAUUUUUGUAAUUGUUCAGAUGGUUAUACUAACACAAGCUAUUGAAAACAAAGCUGCUGAUGUUUGCAAUGCUGACCAAUUCGCCCACAAUCCCUGUCGUUGUUGUAAAAUGGAUUGUUGGUACAGCAUUGCUAAGGGUGCCACGCAUGAACUCGGGCAUAUGCCUGGACAAGCAGGAGAACAGGAAGCAUUAGCCACUCUACGGCUUAUCCGCGCUUGUAUGAUUACAGAGUGCUCUCCAAUUUGUGGCACCCCAGGUUUAAUGGGGAUGAUGAAAAAACGUCGAAGAUUUCCAACACCUUUUGUAGUUGAAAAAGAAGGGGCGGUUGUUCCUUUACAAGUGAGAUAA